AUGGACUCCACCACCUCCUCCCUGUUUAAGAUCAAUGUGGAUGGUGCCUUAUCCAAACUUAAUAGCUUAGUGGGAAUAGGCGUAGUGAUACGAGAUGACGCAGGCCAAGUUGUAGCUGCGCUAUGCAAACGAAUUCACACACUGCUGGGUCCACUAGAAGUGGAGGCAAAAGCUUUUGAAGCUGGUCUUCAGUUAGCUAGGGACAUCGGUCUUCAAGACAUCAUCUUAGAAGGGGAUUCAUUGGUGAUUGUUCGUGCUUUCUGUGGUCUAUCCUAUCCUCCCUCAUCAAUAGCUUCGCUGAUUCUGGGAAUGCAACUAUUCAGCUCUGAAUUUCAUACGGUUAAUGUUUCACAUGUAAAGAGGCAAGGGAACAAACCUGCCCACAUUUUAGCAAAAUAUGCACUUAGCAUUGAUGACUCUAUUGUAUGGAUUGAGGAGAUUCCUUGUUGUAUUGAACAAGCUCUCAUCUAG